AUGGGAGCAACCAUCGCAGAAACUAUUGGUGCUGCACCAGUUGCUCUUGGGCUACCUGUCCCGCCUUUCACUCCACAUGCAAUCUCAGUGUCUCUUCCUACCUGGCGCGACAAUGUAGCUUAUGAAGCAGGCGACAAAAGGGUAAUGGAUGUCAUGACAUGUGGGUACCCUCGAUUCUUUAUCGGCCUCGGCAUACGAAAGCUUGCUGAAAUAUGUGCCCACAAGUUUGGCGUUGAUGGCGAAAGCGCCAUGUUAUUCCCAACUCAAAAAACUGCUGAUGCUUGCCGUUCCUUUAUACUGAGUCGCUCUGCUCUGGAAGGAGUGCCGGCACAAGCUCGACUCAUUCAACUCUUGAUCUGUCCCGAAGACAAGGCAAAUAAAACCAUACUAGUUAAUUCCGAGGAUUGUGACUGUAACGGUUCAGCCUCUCUUUUAGAUCUCCACAUCGUACUUUUUCCUUCGGAGGCAUCUAAAGUAGCGAUGCAAUUCUGGCAACAUUCUGGCGCCGGAAUAUCAUCGCGUUUAGCAGAACAAUGCCUCUCCCUCCUUCCAGAAGGUUCACCUACCUCUUCACCUGCGCCUCCACCCGCUCGCGGCAUCUCUUUCAAAUCCUCCAACAAACACUAUGGUGUCAAAGGAGCUCGGCGAUCCUCGCCUCCUACGAUCGCAGAAGACUUGAAUGCUGACCACAGUGUCUAUCUAGAAGAAAGAUACGGUCGAAAUCUUCCAAUAGCAGCUGCAGCUGCAGCCAAACGGGCUCUUCAUCGCAGAAUAGCGGGUGUGCUAUUGCGCGAUGACCCCACUGGCGCUCAAAGCCCCUUGCUUGGUCCUAGCACUCGAGGUGUGAGCGAUGUGUCCGAAGGCGACGUUUUUCUUUACCCAGGAGGCAUGAACGCGAUCUGGAACGCACAUCAACUUGCAUUAGCUACUCGACCGGUGGGAAAGAGUGUAUGCUUUGGGUUUCCCUAUACGGAUACUCUGAAGAUCCUUCAAAAAUGGGGUCCCGGAUGUCAUUUCCUGGGUCACGGUCUUGACAGCGACAUCAAUCAAUUGGAAAAGAUCUUGGAAGAAGAAUCUAAGCUGGAUCCAUCCAAACCACCAAUUCUCGCGCUAUUCACAGAGUUUCCCUCCAAUCCUUUAUUGCGCUCUGCAGAUCUCCCUCGUUUGCGAGCGCUUGCAGACCAGUACGACUUUUUGAUCGUUAUCGAUGAAACCAUUGGGAACUUCAUCAACGUAGAGGUUUUACCGUUUGCCGACAUUGUCGUGAGUAGCUUGACCAAAGUGUUCAGUGGGUCUUCGAAUGUUAUGGGCGGAAGUCUUGUUCUCAAUCCUAAAGGACGUCAUUAUACGAUCUUGAGAUCUCACCUUGAUUCGAACUACGAAGACACGUAUUUCGAUCAGGAUGCGAUCUUCAUGGAGCGAAACUCACGCGACUUCCAAAGGCGCAUUAAAGUUAUCGAUAUUAACACAGAAGCGAUCUGUGAUUUCCUGUACUCUCGUUCACAAGCUGCAGGGGUUCCCAAUGCUGUGAUCAAAGAUGUGGCUUAUCCAAAGUAUACUACUCCUGCACAUUAUGCAGCUCGACGUAUCAAAGCCAAUGCACAAACCGACGCUGAACAAGGUGGCUACGGUGGCCUGUUCUCUGUCACGUUCACUUCGUCUUCAGCAUCUCAUGCGUUCUUUGACGCUCUUCCGUGUUAUAAAGGCCCCAGCCUGGGUACCAAUUUCACUCUCGCGUGUCCUUUUACCAUCUUGGCUCACUACAAUGAGCUAGACUGGGCGGCACAGUAUGGUGUCGACGCGGAUUUGAUCAGGGUCAGUGUUGGGCUGGAGGAUACUAGCGAACUGUUGGUAGGAUUUGAUCUGGCUAUGAAAGCGGCAGAAGCUGCUGUUACCCAAAACGAAACGCUUUGA